UAUAAUAUCCUUAUAUUUUACAAGAGGGGCUACUUUAUUCACUAUAUAUUUUAUACUCAGAGUAGAACAUUUACACCAUGUUGACAACAUAAAGGACAGUGUAUGGGGCAAUGCUGAUAUAUAGAGAUGUUAAAGAAUAUCCUUUAUUUAUGGCUUUGUGGAUCAGAGAGGCCAGUCGCCUAUUACAGCCCAUGUCCCUCAGUAUAACGGCAGAAACACAAGGGCUGUGUUCACUCAGGCUGAAAGGCCAGCGCAGGAGUUGGGACUGAUUAGUCACUGGCUGAGAAAGGGGGCGGGGUUUAAGUGAUCUCUGUGCAGGAGGGAGGAACCAGGAAGUGAGAAGUGAGAGUGCAGCUCAAGCAGUUGGGAGAGAUGAGACGAGAAGAGAAGGACUGUUCCCCAGAGACACAAGUAGAAAUGUUACAGAUAAAGACAGAGAAAGAAGAACCAGACCCUGAAGAUGAUCAGAAGCCAAUGGAAAACUGUCCAGCAGCACUUACUGGUGGAGAAGCAGAAAUAUUACAGAUAAAGAUAAAGGAAGAAGAGCCCGACUCUGAAGAUCCUGUGACCCCAAUGAGAAGCUCAGCAGCUCCACCUACUGACGGGGACAAUGGGAAGUUACAGAGCUCUGGAGUCCAGAACCCUCUGACUAAUUUGGACUAUGAGUUCAGCACCAGUUGUGAGAAUGGCGUCACUAUCUCUCGCCCGUCAGACUGCAGCAACUGUACCUCUGGGCAAAGCUUGUGUGAGAGCAGAGCACACACCUGUACUGGGAAUGGCACCAAGAGUCCGACAGGUACAGAACCAGAGAAGAACAAGAGAUAUUGCUGCUCACAGUGUGGAAAGAAUUUCAAAUAUAGAAAGUAUUUGCAGCAUCAUCAGAUGGUUCAUUUAAAGCUGAAGCCCUUCCCAUGUAGAGAAUGUGGAAAGGGAUUUCGAUUUAAAUCAAGUUUACACAAACACCAGAUGAUCCACACUGGGGAGAAACCCUUCACAUGUAGAGAAUGUGGAAAGGGCUGGAGCUAUAAAUGUGAUUUAUGGAGCCAUCAGAUGGUCCAUACGGGGGAGAAACCAUUCACAUGUACUGAAUGUGGAAAGGGCUUCAGCAAUAAACGUCAUUUAAAGAGACAUGAAAUGAUCCACACAGGGGAAAAACCCUUCACAUGUACAGAAUGCGGAAAGGGCUUCCAGAAUAAUUCCAUUUUACAGCAACAUCAGAGGGUCCAUACAGGGGUGAAACCAUAUACAUGUAGUGAAUGUGGGAAGGGCUUCAGCAAUAAAGCCAACUUGCAGAAACAUCAGAUGAUCCAUACGGAGAUUAAACCAUUCACAUGUCCGGAAUGUGCAAGGGGCUUCAGCUUCAAAUCCAGUUUACGCAGACAUCGGAUGGUCCAUACCGGGGAGAAACCCUUCACUUGUACAGAGUGCGGAAUGGCCUUCAGAAAUGAACCUCGUUUACAGAGUCACCAGAAGAUCCACACGGGGGAGAAACCAUUCACCUGUAUGGAAUGUGGGAAGAGCUUUGCUUCCAGGGGCACACUCAUGCGCCAUCACAGAACUCACACGGGAGAGAAACCUUUCAUGUGCGCACAAUGUGGAGUAGCUUUUGUCAGAAGCCACAGUCUUAGAAACCACUAUAAAAGUCUAAGGAACUCUUGUGUGGACCCGGGGCCCUAAUCAGUAAACAUGUACAGAACUCAAAAGUCUUCUCCAUAGAACUGGUUAUAGUUAGUACUGUGGGGUUAGACUAAAUGCUCAACCAGUUCAGUGGAGUUCAUACUCACUUCAUGUUCAGAAUGAUAGUGUCCUCACAACAUGUAUUACAAUUCAAUGCAAGUCUUUCUAUAUGUUUGAUUGGUCGGAAUAUUGCUGUAAAAUGAAAAAUCAAUAAAACAUUUUAAAAAAAACCUUUAGUCAAAGUCUAAGUUGACAAGGCACCCUCAGGCUCUCACCAGGGAGAACCCAUUCACACGCAGAGAAUAUGGCAAAUGUUCAGUGGAAAGUGGAGGCUUUAGAAGCACCAGGCAACUAACACCAGGGAGAAACCAUUUACAUGCUGAGAAUAUGGGAAAUGUUCAGUGGAAAGUGGAGGCUUUAGAAGCACCAGCCAAAUAACACCGGGGAGAAACCAUUUACAUGCUGAGAAUAUGGGAAAUGUUCAGUGGAAAGGGGAGGCUUUAGAAGUACCAGGCAACUAACACCAGGGAGAAACCAUUUACAUGCUGAGAAUAUGGGAAAUGUUCAGUGGAAAGUGGAGGCUUUAGAAGCACCAGGCAACUAACACCAGGGAGAAACCAUUUACAUGCUGAGAAUAUGGGAAAUGUUCAGUGGAAAGUGGAGGCUUUAGAAGCACCAGGCAACUCGCCCCAGAGAGAAACCAUUCACAUGCAGAGAAUGUGGGAAAUGUUCAGUAGAAAGUGGAGGCUUUAGAAGCACCAGGCUACUAACACCAGGGAGAACCCAUUCACACGCAGAGAAUAUGGCAAAUGUUCAGUGGAAAGUGGAGACUUUAGAAGCAAUAGGCAACUAACACCAGGGAGAAACCAUUCACACGCAGAGAAUAUGGCAAAUGUUCAGUGGAAAGUGGAGGCUUUAGCAGCACCAGGCAACUAAC